AUGACACGCGGACGUUCGCGUGACGUCUUCGCGGCGACGGUGUCGUCGAUGUUGCUACUACUGCUGUCGGCGGUCGCGGAGUCGUCCGCCGACAACGUGACCGUGUUUCGGUGCUGCGGUCGCGGCGAGAUGCUCGACCCGACCGACGUGCACAGGCCUUGCGUCCAGCUGCCGGCGUCCUCGCCGCAAGACUUCGUGCCGGUCAUCUUCGACGUGACCAGCAACCAGUUCUUGAACCCCAACGAGCCUCCUCCCGCUUACUGGAACCUGGUCCACGAACGGCCGCCGUGCCAACCCGCCGUGUUCAUGCCCGCCUCGACGCCCCAAGACCCGCCGCGGUUCGUGUCGUUUCUCAACGGCACGCUGCUGGCGCAACACUGGCCGAAGAGUCUGAUGGUAGACCCGGGCCUGUACUGCCUCGACCGAGCCGGCGCGCUGUUGUGCCUGCCCGAAGAACCGAACAAGACGAAAAAGUGCUGCGGCCCUUCGGCCGUGUACAGCGAAACGAACGGCGGUUGCGAGUUCUCAAUCCGGCACGACGCGUCCGAUCUGCCCGAAGACAUCACGUCCGGGUUCCCUCGGUGCGAGGACGACGUGUACAUCCUGUCCGGCCGCAUCAACGAAUCGCACUGGCCCGUCAGCGGCGCGUGGCCGGCCGGCGGACAGCUGCGCACCGCCGACGGCGGUAUACUCCAACCCCGCGAAUACUGUCUGGAGCGCGUGGUCGAAGACACGCAGGAACCGCGCACGUGGACCGUGUUCACAUGCGCGCCUCGGCACGGCGUCGACCACGUGACCAAGAGCUACCGCGAGGACAUCCGCUUUACCCUGUACCCCCUGGGACUGUUACUGUCCGUGUUCUUCUUGGGCGUCACCCUGGUGGCCAGCUGCAUGCUGCCCAGCACUUACCACGUGCUACACUGGAAGUGUCAAGUCAACCACGUCGGCUGUCUGCUUGUUGGUGACCUGUGCCUGGCCUUCAUCCAACUGUCCGGCGACUCUUUGCGCGGACCGCUGUGCGUCUUCACAGCCAUUGUAAUGCAUUUUGUCUUUCUGGCGGCGUUUUUCUGGCUAAACACGAUGUGUUUCAAUAUAUGGUGGACGUUUAGGGACUUGAGGCCCGCCAAUUUGGAUAAAGGCCAAGAAGCGUGUAGGCUUAGACUGUACCAGUUGUACGCGUGGGGUGUACCUCUAGUGAUCGCUACGCUAGCCGCUGUAUUGGACCGUAUUCCACCAGAUCAAUACACGUCAUUGAUCAGACCUAAAUUUGGUGAACAUCGUUGUUGGUUCUAUGGUGACGCAGAAGUCCUGUCAUAUUUCUAUGGACCAAUUGGUAUUUUGUUGAUGAUGAAUCUAACAUUGUUCGCGGCUACUGCUAGGGAGCUGACGUGUGGUUUAUGGAGAACCGAAGUAGUGAAAUCUACUAGCGAAAGAGCCACACUGGGCCGCGUGUGCCUGAAACUCGUGAUCGUCAUGGGCAUCACGUGGGUGGUGGACGUGCUGUCGUGGGUGAUCGGCGGACCGGAUUACGUGUGGUACCUGACGGACCUGAUGAACGCGCUGCAAGGGGUGCUCAUAUUCAUAGUGGUCGGCUGCCAGCCGCAGGUGUGGAUGGCCGUCAAGCGCAUGUGGUGCCUGCGCACCGACAACCCGUCGGACGGCGGCAACGUCCGGUCGUCCACGUCCAACGCGAUGCCGUCCACCGUCAACGAGUCGACGCUGUCCAAACCGGUGGAGACGCUGUGUUGAUCACGACGCGUCGACCGCCGCAUCCGCUGCACGCAUCCCUCACCGCACACGCACGCAAAGCACACACGCACGCACCGCAAGCACGCGCGCGCGAGCAAGCACAACGUCGGCGACCAAGACGACAACGACGACGACAACAACAACAACAACAACAACAACAACAAGCACAGGCGACAAUACAAUAAUUAUCGUGACGCGGCGACCGCGCCACUGACCCACUGCUGCCAGCAGCUGCAGACUUCCCCGUACGUUGUUACGGUGUAACGAGCGGUUGCGAAGUCUGUGCCAUCGACGGACGUAUAACCCGCCGACCGCGUGUCGGCGUACGACGCGCCGCGACAAUCGUUACGAGACGACGUGUUUUGUCGUAGUACGAUUAUCUUAAAAUCUUGCCCGCAAACGCAAUGUUUAGACUGACAAAUCUUUGUUUUUAUAAUUAUAAAUUAUUAUUAUUAUUAUUAUUAUUAUUACUAUUAUUAUUUCAUUCUCUCUCUCUCU